AUGAAGAUCACCACACUCAUUCUUUUACUCAUCUGCAGAUUAUGCAGUGGUGUAGAUCCUCCUGCUCUUAGCGGUAAAGGAGCAGAUGUUAAAAAGGGAUCUAAGGAGACUGGACUGAGACAACCACCUCUAGCACUUCCACCUGGUGGUUCACAUGCCAAUAGACACGGUCCUAAUGCUCAAAGGACUCCACCCCCUAUGCCUGGAGAACUCAGGAAGACAGGUCCAAGAGUUCCUCUCCCAGGAGCAAAACCUACUGUUACACCAACUGCAGUAGGAAAGAGUACUACUAAAGUAACCGUAAACUCCAAGCCUAGUAUUCGUCCAGACAUUGAGGAUGUUGGCGAGGACCUGGAAGAAGAUUUAAAGCAUGUCAAGGCGUAUCAUGAGAAUAUGCAAGAAACUAUCAAGACUACCCUUGAGGUAACUAGUACUGCGGAGCCUACAGAGAAGCCUUUGGAGCACAAGAUGAACAUGUCCCUGGUUACUGUAGGAAAGUAUACUGAGGGAACUCUUUCAGUGGUUACCUAUACAGCCAAGCAAGAUGCCAAUAUACCCCUACUCUUGCAUGAUUAUAAGCCUGUUUGGAAGGGUAUAGACAGCAUGAAUAACAAGGAUACUCUGGUAAAGGCAAAAGUCUACCUUGGAUCCGGUGGACCAGUAGCUGCCAACUUGACAUACAAGAGAGUCACGGAAAGCACUACCAAAGAGUACUGUAAACUAGUAAGGGGUAAGUGGACCUUUGUUGACAAGAGUUCCCUAGAAAGGACAUUUGAUGAGGUUGAAAUACCUAGUAAUGCUAAUGCAUCUGCCUAUAGAACAAAGGUAGACUCUACUCUAUUUGACAUGAAGGUGGAAAAAUACGAGGGAAUACCAGUAUUAAACUGCACUGCCAAAAGAGGUGUAAAGGUACCCAAACUUGUUUACGACGGCAAAGAAGUAUGGCAAGCUGAUGGAAAUCAAUCUUGUUCAUCAGCCACUUUUUACUUUGGAAAGUCUGGUAUCAUUGGUGUAUCCUUUACCCAUAACAGUAUAGAAGAGACUCUCCAUGACUGUUUCCGUGUCUUUAGCAACGACAAGUGGGAGGGUGUAAAUGGUGACUAUUAUGAAAGGGUACUUCAUGAAGCCAAGAAUCCAGAAACCUCUGUAGCUACUGCGUCUAAGGAUACUAAAGCCAAGAGCUUCAUUGACACUGCCAAGUUUACCGUUGUUAAUGACAUGGAGGAUACAGUCCCAGUCCUAAAAUGCACAGCUGGAAAUGGUACCUCUAAACUUACCUAUGGAUCUGAUACAAUAUGGCCAGGUAAGAAGGAUGUAAUGUGUCUUUCAGCUCUCUUGUAUAUGGAUGGAGAGAAGCCCACUCUUGCAGUACUUGUCACCAGGGAUAAGAAUAAUAAGCAGAGCAAGGUUUACAGAUACCAUGAUGGUAAGCAGUGGAAAGAUGGUAAAGAAGAGGACCACAAGAAGAAGCUUGAGGAGCUAAAGAAGACUAUUGAGAAUAGGAUUAAACAACACCAUCUUCUAAUAGCUAGUAGAACAGUAGACAUUGCCAAAUUUGAUGCUAAUAAAGGUCAAUCAUUCGACUAUACCGUUGAUAACGUCCCCGUAAAGAUGUUUAUUCCAAAGGACAACGUUACAAUAAAUAGACUUGUGAAUGGCGGGGCUUACCUCUGGAGCACUGAGAAUGGCAAGUGUACUAUCAUAAUGCUAUAUCUCAAGGAUAAUAAACCGAAGUUACUUUACAUUGUCAGAUUCAUUCAAGGAGAGACUUACAGUAGUUUGUACAAGGAUGAAGAUGGUAAAUGGACAGAAACUGAGGACUUUGAUUACGAGUUCAAGAAGAUAAGGACUGCUCCUACAUCCUCAUCUCAAUUUACUCUUGACAUUUCCUCAGUUUCUGAUACCACUGGAUGCAGAAUAUUCCAAGCUUCACUAUAUGGAAUAGACACUCGCUUCUACUCUCCAAAUAGUGGUCACCACGCAUCCUACAUUGCACAUAGUGGAGUCUCCAUAUGGACUGCUGAGGAAGGAGAAAGAUGCACAUUUGUGACAUCCUAUCUCAAGGAUGGACAAGAACACUUGUUUCGUAUGACAGUCAAGAAUACCAAUGAUAAAAGCUCCAUGAAGUACUUUGAGAAGUGUAACAGUGGAUGGAGGAAUAUCACUAAGGAAGACUUUAAUACCAAACGUGACUCUCUGAAAAGUGAUGCUUAUAGACCAAAAAAUAUCAAAGAAAUCACUCCAGUUUCUCAACCUGAUCAAAAGUCUACUCAACCAUCCAAGAGAGCUCCGGUAAAGGAGAUAUUCCUUGACAUUGGUCGACCAGAUCCACAACGCUAUAGAUCAUUUGACUAUGCAAUAGAUGAUGUCCCAACUCGACUCAUAGUUGCAGUGAAGGAACAACCAAACAAGGUAGUAUUUGGACAAGAAACUGUAUGGUCUGAUGACACUGGAAGAUGUAGCUACUGUACCGUCCAUAUAAAGGAUAAGAAACCAGUACUAAUCUACAUGUCUGGAAGAUCCUUCUCAUUGUACCUACUAAAGACUGAUGGUGGAUGGAAAUCCAUUGACAACUACAGUGAGGAGUUUGCCAAGGUUAGACUUGCCGUACCCUCAACAUCCUCAUUCUCCCUUGACAUCUCUACCAACCAGGAUACAGGAGAAUGUAGAGUAUUUGAGACACUCUUCAACAAGGUUAAUACUCGUUUCUAUGUUCCAAAGGCUGGAAAGUAUGCCGCUAGUGUUUCUAAUGGACAAGCUGUACUAUGGAAGGGUGAUAAAGAGAAAGCAAUCCUGGUGAGACUCUACCCAUCUGAUAAUCCUACCUUGUUACACAUGCUCUCUGAAGACACUAAUGGAGCAUUCAAACACAGCUACCUUGUCAAGAGUGGUAGUAAAUGGGAAUCUAUUAACAAGGACGUUCACGAUAGACUACUCUCUGAAAUCAAGGCUACUGCACAUGGUAAACAUACAGACGUUGGUAGGCUCAGACAAGAACUGAUGGAGUCACAGGCCUCUCUUGAUAAACUAGUAGAAUCCAAGAAAUUUACAGACUGUGAUGGACCAGAGGAUCCUUCCAUUCUUGACAUUGUCCACUAUGAGGAGUCCAACGCCUAUAUAGUUACCAACUGUACACUAGAUGGUUAUCCUACUACAGUCUUUAUUCCUGAAAAGGGCAGCAUUAAUAAGGUGGUUUAUGGAAGUCUUACAAUCUGGGAAGGUACUGAAAAGGAGGAGUGUAAGUACCUAAUGUUCCAUGACAAGCCUGGAAAAAACCCAUUUAUAACAGUCUUUGUGGACUAUAUGGAUGAAUCCAAGUUCAUGGUCUAUGAGAUGAGGGACAAAUGGACAUUCUCCCACCAGUUACUCGGACCAAAGAAUGACUACAAGACUACUACUCCUACUGUAUUCAACCUAAGUGACAAGACUCCUCAGAAUGUGUACUUCUGUGACAACGUCUUCAAUGGUAUAGUACACAGAGCUUAUUCACCAUUACCUGGCUACCAUGUUCAGGAGGUAAAGGAAACUGAGACUACCAUAUGGCAGGCAGAGGAUAAGGAGCAAUGUAUAUUCAUUCUCUCUGUACCGGGUACUGAUAAGAGUAAAGUUCCACUACUAAGUUUCUUUGUAAGGAAUGAGGACUACUGUGGUUUCAAACACUUUGAGAAGACUGAUAAGUGGAGACAUAUUGAUGAACGUGGCUAUGACAAGAGACUCAUUGAGAAGAAGCAGGCUAACAAUGUGACUACCGCUGUUGCCAUAGCUACUAUACCUCAGUACAAGAAUGCAGUUACUCUUGACACAGUCAAUGUCGACCAUGAUAGAGUGGAUCUCCAUGAAGACUCCUUGAAUGGUACCAGAUGUCUCUACUCUGCCAAGGCUAAUGACUACUUUAAUGGCUUAUCGGACAAUAGCAAGAGUGUUUGGAAGAGUGACAAGGACAAGUGUCUUACUGUAGCUAUGUAUGGCAAGGAUGAACUACACUGUCGUCUGGAUGUACUCUCCUCGGAUGUCAUAACCCCAAUGUACUUUUGCAGAAAGGCUGGCAACUGGUCUUCCACUAAUUACAAUACCUUCCAUGAGUGGCUAAGAAGCUAUGUCAAGACUCCUAGAAUUAAACUUGAUCUGGAUAACUUGGACACCAACUUCUUUGAGAGCUUCAGGUAUACUCAGAACGGCUAUGAGAUACUCUAUGGAAGACCACUACCUGGCUAUGUACUAACCACUGUUGCUGAUGGUUCUACAGAAGUUUGGGAAGCUGGACAUAAUCAAUAUGCCACAGAGUUUCAGAUGUCAAUAAUUGGUGACUAUACACUUCUGUCCAUCAUAAACCACUCCUACCAGGUUGAGAAUCUCUGCUUCCUAAAGUCUUCAAACAGUUGGUCGCCCAUUGAUGAGGAUGUCUAUGAUCAGUAUCUAGUUCCUGUUAAUGACUCUGAAAGGGUACAAGAUACGCAGCUUGAUCUAUCAAAGCCAGACAUUGGUAUUGUUACUGGACAUAAGGAUGUGAUGGGAGAUAUUACUAUACUAAGAUACACUCCACAUCUUGGAAGGCAUGUUACCGCCGUUUUCUUUGGAGAGUCUACCAUAUGGUAUAGGAAAUACCAUGACGAAUAUUGCAUUUCAUCUGAGCAUAUCACUAAGGGUGGUGCCUUAUUCAUCAGACUACUCCUCAAGAUGGGAAGCUCUUUUGAACAUCGCUACUUUACAAAGGUGGAAGGUAGAUGGGUUACUCUUAAAGAAGAUGAAUUUAAGAAUAAGCUUGGUAUACAGAGUGUAGGUGUAAAGAUUGAUGCAAAGUCUAUUCUAGGGGAUGAGUCUGACCCCAAUGUCUAUACACUGAACAUUUCUGGAACCGUAGAUAGGGAUAAGAUUACUGCUACAGAGACUACAUACGAGGAUGUCAAGAGUGUUACAUACUCACCCAAGUUUAUUGCUGGAAUUGGAAAGGUAGUAGACUCUGAUGGAACCGUAUGGAUGGGAGCUUCUGACCAAAAAUGUGUUACCGUCGUUAUAUCCUCAAAGGAUGGAUAUGAUUCACUCAUUAGCCUCUCCAUCAACACUGAUACUGAGGUGCGGUACAAGUACCUGGUUAAGAAGGACAAGGAAUGGUAUCUCAUUAGAAAGACCAAGUAUGAUGAGCUGUUGACUACAAUGUAUAGAUAUUCUCUUGUAACACAUACGGAUACCACUUUUGAUAAUCCUAUAACUCUAGAUAUAUCGACCAAGCCUACUGGAGAUCUUGCCUUCUAUGAGUAUACCUAUAAUGAUGUCAUAUACAAGACCUUCAAACCAAAGGAUGACAGGUCCAUUUUGGAAGUUGUGGAUGGUAAAAGCGUGUUAUGGAAGAGCUCAUCUGGAAAAUGUAUCAAUGCUUGGACCUACUCAACGGAUGUAUCCUCUCUAUGUCGUCUCGACAUUCUUUCCUCUGGUAUCAUUACUCCUCACUGCUUUGAGAAGAAAGGUAAUAUCUGGAUAUCACUGGAUUUUAGACUAUAUACAGAAAAGCUGAAGAAACUCGUAACUCACCUAUCUACAGAGAUCAAAAUUGAUUUUAGGGGACUUUCUAGGGAUCUAUGCCAUGUAUUGGAUUAUUUUGACAAGCAUGCAAUCUCAACAACAAUAGUCCCUGAAUUUAGGACUACUAGUAUAUAUCAUGAUAAUAAAAAGAUAUGGGAGUCUGGAAAUGGCAAAAUAUGUGAUCGUGCACACUUCCUGACCACUGGACGCAAGCAUUUGGCUUACAUUUAUGAAAUUGACAGUACUGAUAAGGGACAAGCUUCAACAUUUGAAUAUGCAAAUGAUCAGUGGUUUGGUUGUAAUGCUAGUAAUUUCUCCAUUACACAUGGUUCACUUGGUCCUAUUCCAAAAGAAGUCUUUAGUGGCACACUAGUUGAUACAACAUUCGAUAUCAAUAACAUUAGCGAACAUGCCUUUAAAAUUUACAAUUACAGCGACAAAACGGUCACUAGAUUUGAAUAUCAAACACCUAUGAAUGCUAAUGUUAAAAGGGUUAUAGAUGGAGUAAAGAUGGCUAUUUGGCAAGGAACUGAUAACGAAAGGUGUUUGUCGUGUGAAGUUUAUUCAAGGGAGGGACACCCUCCAGUAAUGAAGUUGAUUAUAAAAAAUCACUAUGGAUUAAAUAUAUACUAUUUUGAAAGAGUGGAUAAUGAAUGGAAUGAGAUCAACCGGAAUAUAUUUAAUCUCAGACUGGCCUCUUUGAGCAACAACUCGCGUUUACAGUUGCUAAAGGACAGACUUGUGGAUACGUCUGAAAAUUUAGAUGUAUUCGACAGAAAGACUUCUUAUACCUCAGAAGAAAUAAAUAUGCUCUAUUUAAACCAGUGGUUACUAAGUAGUGUACCUCAUUGGGUACUAGAACAGUUCAGGACCUUUUAUCCAGAGAAGAAGGGUUGGUUCUCUUGUUUCUCCUUUUGCUAA